AUGGGCACUCCAAUUGAUCAACUUCGACAGCCUAUUAUGGCAAACGAUACCCAGAAGACUGACCCAGCUGGCUUUGACUUAUGGUUUACUUGGUGUCAAACGUGUCGCCAUGGAGGACAUGCAGUCCAUAUGUUUGAUUGGUUUCAAAAGCAUUCAACCUGUCCAGUUAGUAGCUGUACGUGCCAAUGUCAGAUUUUAGAUAUAUAA